AUGGUCCCCUCAGCCCUGAUGAACGUGAGUGGGUUAUUUCUAGAUAGAAAGGCUCACGGGCUCUGUGCGGCGUUGGCAGGUGUCUCUUGGCUGGUGGGCCUGGCUAAUUCCGCCGUGCAGACGGCACUCACCAUGCGCCUGCCCACCUGUGGGCACAACGUGCUGAACCACGUGGCCUGUGAGACCCUGGCACUGGUCAGGUUGGCCUGCGUGGACGUCACUCUCAACCAGAUGGCCACAGUGGCCUCCAGCGUGGUGGUGCUGCUGGUGCCCUGCGGCCUGGUCUCGCUGUCCUACACCCACAUCGUGGCCGCCAUCCUGCGCAUGCGCUCCUCCCAGGGACGCCGCAAAGCGUUCGGGACCUGCGCCUCCCACCUCACUGUGGUCUCCAUGUCCUACGGGAUGGCUCUCUUUACAUAUAUACAGCCCCGCUCCAUGGCCUCAGCUGAGCAGGACAAGAUUGUGGUGCUCUUUUAUGCUAUGGUGACCCCCAUGUUGAAUCCUCUCAUCUACAGUCUGCGUAACAAGGACGUGAAGGCUGCUCUGAGUCGAGUUCUGAUGAAGACUUCUGAAUUAAAACAUUAG